AUGGUAUUGGAUCUAUUUUAUGUGAAAAACACAAUUUCAACAGCAAUAAUGGCUCAAAAGAUUGCUUCUAACUUGCACGGGUAUAAACUCAAUGCCAGGAAUCUCUCUUUUUCGAGUGAGAGAAGCCCCACUCGCGAAGGUGCCUCAAUCGAAGCUCUCGACUCCGCCUUAGGUGUCAAAACUUAUAUUGAUGGCAUUAUUCAUAAACCUGCUCCUUUUCAUGGAUUAUAUGGGUCAAAAACCUCUCAUGGGAGAUUUCCAUAUAUGAAUGUCAUAAAUUCCUAUGGGCCAAGAAGUUUUUCGCUCGCUUAUUGGACGAUUUACAUCACCGGUUGA